AUGAAUGAAAUUGGUGUGGCUGCCACUAAUGGUAAGUUUGAUAAAAAUAUUAAAAAAGAUAAAAAAGAUAAAGUUGUAUUUAAGAGUGAAAUCAGUUACUUUUUAUUGCUUGUGAGAGGAGUAAGGCAUAUUUCUGUUACAAUGACAGAGGCUCGUGUUGACUUUAUUCCAACAAGAACAAAUAAGACACCAAGUGCAACUUUAAGCAGAGAACUUCAAGAAGAAGAGUUGAGUAGUCUUGGUGAGGCAGAAAGUAGUGUGGCAGCCUCACCACCAAGAAGAAACAUGCGGAGCCAUCAUGUUUAA